AUGGGGCUGCUCCGCUGGCUGCCUCUGCUUGGGCCGCUGGUCCUGCGGUGGCUCCUGGGGGCCCAGGCCACGGACCACAUCAGGAUCUUCGUGGUGCCCCACAGCCACAUGGACGUGGGCUGGAUCCACACGGUCCAGGAAAGCAUGCAGGCAUACGCUGCCAACGUCUACACCUUGGUGGUGGAGGAGCUGGUCCGCAAGAAGAAACGCCGGUUCAUCCUGGUGGAGCAGGAGUUUUUCCGGCUGUGGUGGGAUGGCCUUGCCUCGGACAAGCAGAAACGCCAGGUCCACCAGCUCCUGGCCGAAAGACGCCUGGAGUUUGUCAUUGGAGGCCAGGUCAUGCAUGAUGAGGCUGUGACCCACAUUGAUGACCAGAUCCUACAGCUCACAGAAGGACACGGGUUUCUCUAUGAAACCUUCGGGAUCCGGCCGCAGUUCUCCUGGCAGGUUGACCCAUUUGGUGCAUCUGCCACGACCCCCACCCUAUUUGCCCUGGCGGGCUUUGAUGCCCACAUCAUCUCCCGCAUCGACUACGACCAGAAGGAUAACAUGCAGACGAUGAAGGGACUGCAGUUCCUGUGGCAAGGGUCCCCAUCGCUGUCGGCGCAGCAGGAGAUCUUCACGCACGUCAUGGACAAGUACGGCUACUGCUCGCUACUUUUCUUCUCAGGGUGGGGCCUCUCUAACCCUCCUCUGUCUUGCAGGAGAGGCUUUAACUGGGAUGGUUCCCCUGUCUUCCCGACUCCACCUCGGAAUGGGAUAUACCCCGGCAUGGAUCCCCCUGUCACUUCAGGCAACAUCAAACUCUAUGUGAAGGACCUGGUGGGCAAUGUGAAGGAGCGGGCCCCCUGGUUCCGGACACCCCACGUCCUCUGGCCCUGGGGGUGCGACGAGCAGUUCUUCAACGCCUCGGUGCAGUUCACCAACAUGGACCUCCUGCUGGACCACAUCAACAGGAACGUGGGCGGCGUCUCCGCCGAGUACGCCACACUGAGCGACUACUUUCAUGCCUUGCACGUUCUCAAUCUCACCUGGCCUGUCCGUGACCACCAAGACUUCCUGCCCUACUCCUCAGAAGCGUUUGAGGCCUGGACCGGCUUCUACUCAUCCCAUAGUGGGCUCAAGGGGCUGGCGAGGCGAGCCAGCGCCCUCUUGUACGCUGGGGAGUCCAUGUUCACACGGUUCAUGUGGCCGGCCCCCCUCCGACCCCUGGACCAGGCCUGGGCCCUGCAGCAGCUGCGACAGCUCCGCUGGGCGGUGUCUGAGGUGCAGCACCACGAUGGCAUCACUGGGACUCACACCCCCGAGGUGACAGAGAUGUACGUGGAGAGCCUGCACACGGGGCUGCAGGGCGUGCAGAAGCUGAUGGCCUCCAUCGCCCUGGACGGGACCCGGCUCCACUCAGUGAGUCCAGUGGCUGCAAGUAAAGCCUGCUGUCUGUGUGCAGGCCCACAACCCGGGGGACACUUUGCUGUGGUCUACAACCCCCUGGCCUGGACGGUCACCACCAUCGUCACCCUGACUGUGGGCUUCUCCAGUGCCAGCGUCACAGACGAGUCAGGCCAGCCUGUGCCUGCACAGGUCCAGGGGAUGCCGUCUGCAUACCGCCUGCAUGUGCUGACCACGAUUCCAGGUCUCACUUACCACCGCUACAGCAUCCGGCCCACUGAGGAGGCCCAGGAGGACACCGAGAAGACGGCCGCCACCAAGGCUAUCACCUUGAGGUUUCGCCUCAGGCCAAGGAGACGCACGGAGGCCAGGAGCAGCCGCCUGGUGUCCGUGAAGAAUGACUGUUACACUGUGUUCAUGGACCUGAAUACCAACCUGAUGCACAGCAUCUGGGAGAGACAGAGUAACCGAACAGUAUACAUGACCCAGGAGUUCAUGGAGUACCACGUCAACUUUAAUUUGGGUGAGCCCAACCUGUCUGAUAACUACUUGUUCACGCCGGAAGAGGCCGCAGAGCCAUCGUGGGGAGCCGUGAGGAUGGAGAUCGUGGAGGGGGAGCUCGUGACCGAGAUCCGGCAGUACUUCUACAGCACGGUGACGGCCAAGUAUCACUCCUACGCCAUCUUCUCCCGGGUUGCCCACGUGCCGCAGGACUCUCACGGGGAGCUGCUGUGCCGUCGCAUAGAGCAGGAGUACCAGGUGGGCCCCUUGAAUGUGAACCGCGAGGCCAUCCUGAGGACCAGCACGGAUCUCAACAGCCAGCAGGUCCUCUACUCGGACAACAACGGCUACCAGAUGCAGCGGAGGCUCUUCCAGCACCAUGAGAAGAACAAAAUCGCUCGGAAUUACUACCCCAUGGUGCAGUCGGCCUUCAUCGAGGACAGUGGCAGCAGGCUCGUGCUGUUGUCGGAACAGGCCCACGGCGUCUCCAGCCAGGAGGACGGGCAGGUGGAGGUCAUGCUCCAUCAGCGGCUGUGGAACGGCCACAUGGGGGCCAUAGAGCGUGGCCUCACGCUGAACGACACCUCGACGGCCCGCUCCCUGUUCUGGCUCCUGCUGGGACCCCGGCCCGACAUCGCUGACCUGCACCCGAGGAGUGGGCUGGCGCUGCAGCACAGGCCCAUAGUGCUGUUGGGAGAGCUGACCGAGACGGCCCCGAAUAGCCCAGGCCCCUGGAAGCCAGAGGCUGUGGUGCUGCCCCCGAGUGUUCACCUGCAGAUCCUGAGCAUCCCCGGCUGGAACUACAGCUCCAACCACACACAGCACCUGCAGAGUCUCCAGAAAGGCCAUCGAGGAGGGGCCAAGGCCCACCUCCACCGUGUCCUGCUGCGGCUCCACCACCUGUAUGAGGCUGAGGGGGACUCGGUCUUGUCUCAGCCGGUGACAGUGAAUCUGAAGGCCGUGCUGCGGGGGCUGGGGUCCGUGGUGGCGGUGGAGGAGCGCUCGCUCACAGGGACCUGGGACAUGAACACGCUGCACCGCUGGAGCUGGAGGACGCAGGAUGAUCGCCAACACAGAGGAGGCUCCGACUCUCCCUCGCCACCCCAGGGAAGCCCCAACGUCACCAUCCGCCCGAAGGAAAUCCGGACCUUCUUCAUUCACUUCCGAGAGGAGUGAGCCCUUGGCAGGUUCCGUGGCCCCGGGUCCCCAGUAGGGGAGCAGGACCCAGAUGGGAAAAGCCGCCUGGAGGGAUGAGGGGGGAGCGGCUGCCAGUCUGGUAGGCUGGGGGCAGG